GCCCGACGGACCCCUGGCAGCAGCGCACCGAGCGAGUCUCCUUCCCGGCAGCAGAAAGGGCCCGGUCCGGCCCGGCGCAGGCGCAGCCCGGGACCCAGGAAGCGCCUGAGCCCAGAGUGCGCAGGACGGAGCCCGAGAGAGAGAGAGAGCUGGGGGUGAGGGGCCGCGGGGUAGGAGGAUCUGAACAGGGUAUACAUAUUAAACAUGGAAGAAGAAGAUGACUAUAUGUCUGAUUCAUUUAUUAAUGUGCAACAGGAUGUCAGGCCAGGAUUGCCAAUGGUGAGGCAUGUGAAAGAAGCUAUUCAAAAAGAAGAAAAGCAGAGGGAAGCUAACCAGAAAAAUAGACAAAAGAGCCUAAAAGAAGAGGAAAGAGAGAGACGUGACACUGUGUUGAAAAGUGCUUUAGGAAACGAAAACAAAGGCUUUGCUUUGCUCCAAAAGAUGGGGUACAAAAGUGGGCAGGCCCUUGGCAAGAGUGGAGAAGGCAUUGUUGAGCCUAUUCCUCUGAACAUUAAAACAGGCAGAGGUGGGCUUGGUCAUGAAGAAUUACAAAAGCGGAAAGCAGAAGAAAGGCUAGAAAACUACAGAAGAAAGAUUCAUAUGAAAAAACAAGCAGAUGAAGAUGCUGCAGAUCAGUUUAGAAAGAGAUUCAAAAGCAAACACGAAGAACGUAAGCUAGAAGGGGACCUUAGAAAAAGCCAGAGGGCCUGUCAGCAAUUAGACACACAAAAGGAUAUUAAAGUUCCCAAGGAGAUUUGGUACUGGACAGAACCUGAGCAAGAAGAAAAGGAUCAAGAGGAGGAAGAAAAGGAUGAAUACAAAGGUUCAGACUUAAGUGUAUUUGAGAAGUUGCAAAUCCUGACUGCCUAUUUAAGAGAAGAGCAUCUUUAUUGUAUCUGGUGUGGAACAGCAUAUGAGGAGGCUGCAGAUUUAUCUUCAAACUGCCCUGGAGACAGUUCAGCAGAUCAUGACUAAAAUCUUCGUAAUAAAAGGAACUCUGGAAAAAUAUUGUUGAUUCACAGCAGUAUUUUAAAAUCUCUCCAUGAGACAUAAAGAAUUCACACACGUACUGCUGGUGGAAAUACAUAUUGAAAGGUUCAGAGCACACACUUUUGAAAGCACAGAAGCAGUUGUAGAUUUUAGAUUUUUUUUUUAAAGUGAAGCUAGUCAUUGAACUCAUUAUUUAAUAAGAAUUACAGAUUUACAUAUGUACUUAACUUUAAAUAAUUUAGGUGCAGGCAGGAGUUUUGCAGAUUUCUGCCAAACUAAAAACUGCAAUUCCAGUCUUGCACCUCAGAGGACAGGUAGCUAACUGCACCAAAUUGUUAUGGUUUAUGAUAUCUGUACACCUCCAGUUGGAGGUACCUAGGUUCGUACUGCUAAAUUCGUGUGUGUGUAUGUGUGUGAUUGUGGACAGAUGGAGAUUUGAAAUGGACAGUACUUGACUUUGUAACCAACAUUUUAAAGGCUUCCUUGGGGGGGGAAAUAUUGGUAAAGUCUUUAUAGUAGACAGUGUUAGACACGUCAUUUAAUAUGCAUCCUUCAUGAGGAUGUCUGAUUUGAAUCAUAAGUUUAUUUUUUGUCAACAUAAUCAGCCAGAUAUAUGAACUCUGCUGGUUGAAAAUAGUCUGACCUUGCACAAAGUAUUUGGCUUCAUCAAUCUCUAUUGCUUAAUGUAAAUAUGGAUGUUUGUAUAGAAACUCUAAAAAUACCCACUAAAUUGAUGAAAUUUAAAGUGUUUUGUUCAUAAUUAAACUGCUUUUUGUAACUA